UUUCGUAUUACUAGAGCGAAUACAUCGCCAGUCAGACGUCUGGAAGAGCUGAGCUUCACUGACAUCUCCGUAAUCGUGUUGGGCUUUAGCCGUUUGGGGACAAUUACCGGGCAGCUCAGUAAAAUUUGUCUGUCAUUCAGCCCACCAAAAAUGAACAAUUCAAUCAUUGCUAUUUUCCUGGUUUGUCUGGUCUACGUAAUAGCUGAAAAUGAGUCUGAUCUGAGUGACCUUGGGCCUGGAAUACCGCUGUCGCCAACGAAUGACGGGACGAAGAAAAAAUCAUGGGGCGUUAUCUAUCCGGGUACUAAAUGGUGUGGACAGGGUAACAAAGCAAAGAACGACAGCGAUUUGGGUAGAUACAAAAGAACGGACAGUUGUUGCCGUGAUCAUGACCGAUGCCCGGAUAAAAUCAAAGGAGGAACAUCGAAGCAUGGAAUACAAAACAAUGGCACUGUGACAAUACUGAGCUGUCAAUGCGAUGACAUUUUCUUCGAUUGUCUGAAGGGCGUGCACACGAAGACGAGUAAAAUCGUUGGCACCUUAUACUUCGAUAUUGUCAAGAACAAGUGCUUCAAGCAAUCAGAAGAGGACAGGGAAAAAUACAUCCUGACGAAGAGUAGGAAGUUUUCAAGGAACCGAUUCAUCAAAUUGGUCGGAAAAAUGAUUGGAUAAAGUCUAAACCCAAUCAUGUAAAUUUAUUUAUAUCUCUUGUGUAGUACAAGAUGAUAAACGGUGAUUAAACACAUAUGCUUCACGAUUCAAUGAGACUUUGAAAACGUCACCAACUGUCAAUAACAAAAACACAAAAGGUCACAAAUUUGUGAUAAAUAUUUGAUGAGAUUCGUUAUUGAAAUGAGAAUUUUUGUUAUUCCGAAACGGAAGAGAGCGUCGAGUAUUUUCUCAAAUGCAUAAUGAAUACUGGUAAUUUCCAAGCAUUUAUUCUGAGAAUCAACAUUUAAUUAGUGUAAAUAAAAGAUGAUGUAUUGAUUG